ACGGGGCCGUCUUUUAUUUGAAUACAGUAAGUGAGUGGAGUCGGAUAUCGGCGGAUGUUUUUCUCUUUAUACGCCUCUGAUGCAAGACUCGCUGUAGAUCAGACAUUCGCCGUCAAAAGGAAUGUUAAAUAACAUAGCGUACAUACAGCGUUAGUUUAGGGCACAAUUGUAGCUGCUACAGUAAAAACAAGCAAUUGUCUUGCAGGAGCUAUCAUGGACUUACACAUUCUAGACCACAGACUUCGGGUCACCAGCAUUUGCAAAAAUGGAUUGGAAAAUUUCACACACCCUCUGAUCAAACUGAUAUUCCUGCGGAACAGAACAAGGUGUAAGUUCUUCAGCCUGACAGAGACACCAGAGAACUACACAGUGGUGCUGGACCAGGAGGGCUUCAAAGAACUUCCGUCCUCGGACCACUUGCUGGUGGAGAGCUCCGUCUGGCUGCCCCUCAACGUGGUCUCCAACGGCAACGCGUCCAGCAGCUCGCAGGCCGUGGGCGUGACGAAGAUCGCCAAGUCCGUCAUCGCCCCCCUGGCCCAGCAGCACGUGUCCGUCUUCAUGCUCUCCACCUAUCAGACAGACUUCAUCCUGGUGCGAGAGAAAGACCUGGCCGUGGUGAUCCGCACCCUGGAGGAGGAGUUCAGCAUCUACAGGGAGGUGGGUGGGGAGUCGGUACCGGUCCUGAGCCAGGACACGCACAACGGCCUCCGCAGGAACGACCGGGAAGUGACCCAGCCCACCGUACACCCGGUAGUGAUCCCCCAGAACCAGUUCUGUGUGAUGAGUCUGGACCCCGACACCCUGCCUGCCAUCGCCACCACUCUCAUCGACGUGCUCUUCUACUCCAGCAGUCCUAAAGACGGUGCUCCGCCCUGCCCCGAGCUGGACUGCAUCAAGUUCUUCUCCUUCUCCCUGAUCGACGGCUACGUCUCUCUGGUCAUGGACACGGAGGCACAGAGACGGUUCCCAGCAGACCUACUGUUCACCAGCUCGUCAGGAGAGCUGUGGAGGAUGGUGCGUAUCGGAGGCCACCCGCUAGGGUUUGACGAGUGUGGCAUCGUAGCGCAGAUCUCCCAGCCCCUGGCCGACAGUGACAUCUCCGCCUAUUACAUAAGCACCUUCAGCUUCGACCACGCUCUGGUUCCCGAGGAGGACAUAGGGAGUGUGACGGCGAUGCUUCGGCAGCAGAGGGAGGAGCCAGCCUGCUGAUGGCGGAGGGGGGCGUGUCUUCACCAGGUUACCCCAGACCCCUCAUGCUCGGGGCCAGAGAGUGGGUCUGCAUCUGUGCCUAGACUACUAGCGCUGCUCCGCCAGCAGUAUUAACCAUGAACGUGUUGCCAUGACCACCAUCACUUCUCCAAGGGAGUGUAUUCCUAGAAGGAGGGUCCUUCUAUUCAACGCAUAGUUCAACAAGGACUUAAAAUUUAGAAACUGGAAAUCCAUUUUUUUUUUCUUCGUGUUAAACACACGGUAUCCAGUGUUCCCCUGGAGUGGGUAUUCUAAUGCUGUGUGUGUGAGAGCACACCCCCUUUGUGUCAAAGGUCCGAGGUGAUUUCCUAUUAAAACUCUGGAGAGGAGGCCUUGUCUUCCAAAUGUUCACUAAAUAUUGAACUCUCAAGCUACUCAAACGAAUUGUUAUUUUGGUUCAGCCAAAAGUAUUCCUGUUGAAUUUAUUGAGGCUUUUGAAGUAUUUAGAAGUAGAUUAUUCUUGUUUACACUGAGAAUACAAAUGAUUUGAUGUACAACAAUAAAACGCAAAAGUAUUACUAAAUAUGAGGCCAGCUAGUGAGAGGCACUUCUCCAUUUUUUUAAGAGUCAACAUUUCUGAACAUUUUAUUGUCAUUUUGAGGUCAACAACACUAUAUGUCUUAUUUCAACUGUUUUUGAUUUGCACAUUGUAGCUCUACAAGAAGUUUUGUUCAGUUUAACUACUCACUAAUAUCAUUAGCAGUGCUAUUUUGUUUGGUACAAUUACUUUUUUUGUACAAUUACAAAAAGUAUUUUGUCUAAUAAUUUCGAAUGUGCUGCUUUAUUCAAUAAAGAUUAUGGAUUUAAAAGUU